CAGUCACAGCACUCGUGACCUCUGAGCCUCUGGAUCUUGAGUCUUGAGACCGCCCGCUGCUUGCCUGCUUUGUGUACUCUAGCCAGUUCAGUAAAAAUGGCUUCUUGUAACAUGACGGGCGCGCAGGCGAUCCUAACGGCAACGCUAGUAGUCCUGCUGAGCUUGACACGGCUCUCUCUUGGCGCACGACGCCUGCCCGAGCCGCUGCUGCAGAUCACUCCAGUCGGCGACGAGCUCUCGUACCACGGAGGCUCCGUCCUCCGAGGCGAUAUCCACGUGUCCAUUGUCUGGUACGGCCGAUUCAAGCCGGCGCAGAGAGCCAUCGUCGUCGACUUCAUCCUCUCCCUGACGCCGCCGCCGUCGUCCACCCCUAACGCCGCCGCACCCUCAGCCGCGCAAUGGUGGCGCACCAUCGACGCAUCCUACCUGUCCAAGCCCAAUACCACGGCGACGCGCGUCCUUCUGGCCAACCAGGCCACCGACGAGCGGUACUCCCUUGGCAAGUCGCUGACUCUGGCCCAGAUCUCCCAGCUCGCCGCGGCGGCGGCCGGAGCGCGCGCCAAGGAAGCCGGCGCCGGCGCCCUGGUGCUCGUGCUCACGGACCGGGACGUGGCAGUCGAGGGCUUCUGCAGAGCGCGCUGCGGCCUCCACGGCGCCGGGCCGGCAUCGGCAUCGGCAUCGUCAUACGCCUACGCGUGGGUGGGCGACGCCGAGCGCGCGUGCCCGGGGCAGUGCGCGUGGCCGUUCGCGAGACCGGCGUACGGGCCGGUCACGGAUGACAACACGCCGCUGGAGCCGCCCAACGGGGACGUCGGCGCGGACGGCAUCGUGGCGACGCUCGCCAGCGUUGUGGCCGGCGCCGUGACCAACCCGUUCGGCGACGGGUUCUACCAGGGCGACAAGGACGCGGCGCUCGAGGCCUGCACGGCGUGCGCGGGGGUGUUCGGGACCGGCGCGUACCCCGGGUACGCAGGGAAGGUGAUGCUCGACGAGACCACCGGAGGCAGCUACAACGCGGUCGGCGUUAAUGGCCGGAAGUACCUGCUCCCCGCCGUUUACGACCCGGCCAAGUCUGGGUGCUCCGUGCUGGUGUAGAGCGCACCUGUACGUCGGGGAAAAGUUUGGUCUAGCCUUGUGUUCGAAGGCUCGGAAAGGAUUUUAUGUACCCUUAUAAAUGUACAAAUACACGUUACUUCAGUAUGCUUUUGGUUUCGUUUCGUGAAACUUGCCUCAUGCUAAUACUAUAAAACAACCGAUAAAUACAGAGUUCGGAAUUUUUUUUA